UGACGUGAGCGGGCGCGACGUUGCUCGGCGCCAGGGUUUUCCUUUGGCGCCAUGCCGUCGGAGCAGUUUCGGAUGGAGACCGUCGAGGCCCUGCGGAACACCCGCAAAGGGCGGCUGCGCUACUGCCGUGACUGGAGCCCGCUCGAGGAGGGCAUCUUGGAAGAGGAUAACUCCCCUCCGGUGCUGUCACCCUACACAGGCUGGGUGCUUGAAAAAAUCAUCUCGCGUUCUCCAAAGUCCGAUCCUCGUCUCUUGGCAAAAUCCACUCCUGAAGGAGUAUCUCUUUUCCAUGGUUUAUCUUUAAAGACCGAUGCCUCUCCUUCCAAUCAGCACAGCCCCCUACCCUUGUCAACAGAAGCCCCUGCUGAGGCCCAGAAAUGGAAUACCACGGGGAGCAACCAGGAACCCGUCCUUCUGUCCACCCCGUCCAAAAGUACAGGAGUCGAAGGCCUCAUACAUCUGCACAAGGAGAUCCAGAAGCUGAAAGGGAAGGAACAGCUGAAGCAACGCUUGGAACAGCAGGAGCAGGCGGUGAAGGCUGCCUCCGAGGCCGCCAGCGAGUCACUGAAGCGCUUCGAUGAGCUGAAGGAGGUGAAGCAGCACCAGGACUACCAGCACCUGCAGCAAGAGAUAGAGAACAGCUCCAAAGAAGCUCAAGGCCAGCAGGAGAAACUGAAGGAGGAGCACCGGCGUAGAGCCAAACAGGCUUUCCCCACUGAGGCAGAUGUGGUUUCAGCUGAUCUCGUCCUGCUCAAAAUGCACCAGCUGCUUUCUGACAUGCAGCGUGAAAUUGCUCUCGCCCUGGAAGAGAAGAAGAAGCAGGAGGAGAAGUUGGCGUUGGCUGCGGCGGCAGCAGCCGAGGCCCAAAAAAACGAGGAACUGCAGAAACAAGAGCUGGCCAAAUCCCAGGUUUCGGAUCCCGGAAAGCUUGCUGGAGGUAAAAGUGCAACAUGCAGUCAAUUUCUCUUCUUUUCUGGCAUCUUCCAGCUGUGUGGGAUUACAGCUCCCAUCAUCCUCUGCACAGUGGUGGUUUUUUUACGAGCUGCCCCCGUGUUAAGCUGCGACCCCAGGGAUCCAGUAGAUCUCCCUGUUGGGCGUGCUGGUAAGCAUCUCCACGUCUUCUUUAGGAUACUUGGCUACCAAGUGAAGGAUGGGAAAGUUGAGCCGCAGGAUAACUUUCUAAAACGGAUGUCCGGAAUGAUCCGACUCUACGCGGCCAUCCUGCAGCUUCAGUGGCCUUACCGAGAUAAGCAAGGGACUCACCCACACGGAUUAAACCACGCCUGGCGUUGGGUGGCCCAGAUAUUGAACAUGGAACCUCUGGCAGAUGUGACGGCAACGAUUCUCUUCGAUUUCCUGGAGGUGUGUGGGAAUGCUCUCAUGAAGCAGUACCAGGGGCAAUUUUGGAAGAUGCUUCUCCUGAUCCAGGAAGAGUAUUUCCCCAGGAUCGAAUCAAUUACCAGCCCUGGGGAAAUGGGCUCCCUCAUACGAUUCAAGCAAUUUUUAAAGGAAUGCUUACAACGAAAAAAUAUUCCUCUCCCCAAAGGAUAUUUGCCACCUUCUUUUUGGAAAUCGUGAGGCUCGGAUUCCUUGCACUUUUACAGAAGCUUGAAAGAAUAGCUCGCUUCGGGGUUGUUGUUGUUGUUGUUUUUUUGUUAUGUGAGAAAAAAAAAUCUGUAGGCAGACAUUUUUUUCAAAACAAAACAAAAAACAUUUGGAUUCUCUACAGAAUCCAGAAAUGGCUUGUCAGCUUUUAUCCAGUGGUCAAAAACAACCUUUUUAUCUCAAGAUAUUCAGCCGUGAUUUGCACUCCCAUCGUCGCACACGGGUGCGUCCUUUCUGUUUUUCCUGCUGUGUCAUACCCACUCUCCUAAACACAGAGACAAAUUGGUUUCAGUGCCCUCGAGAGAUGCCUGUGUUUUAUUAACGUCAAAAGUUUUAACGCGCACCAAAAAACAAAAAACCCAUCAGUGUCUGAAACCCUGCAGUUGAAUUAGAAAAGAGAUUCUUAAUUAAAGUGCUGCAGUCCCUUGCAGCAAAAAGCUUUGGUGGAUUGCCUUUAAUUUUAAAAAGCAGGCAGAGUGGAAAUCUUCUGAGCUCAUCCAAGCAAUGCUGAAAGAACAUGAAUUGAUUUGUGGCCUUCAGUCCUUUAAAAAAAAAAAAAAAGAUUUUAGAGAGCUUUGCAUUUAUUUAAGUAAGAUUUCCACCCUACCCCACCUCAAAAUAGAACUAUGAAUGGGAAAAGGAGAAGAUCCCCGCCGGCUGUUUCAUUUUCAUAAAAUCAAGGGAAAUUGCUUAUAAUCAGUCUGGGGAGCCAUGGUUUUCUCUUUCUUGGUUCCAAGCCGAUCCAUGAACUGUGGAAUGUCCCCUGUCGCUAUUUUGCAAGCGAUCGGUGGAAAACGGAAGAGGAAUUUAUAUUUUUAUGCGUUGGUGCUAAGCUAAACAGUAAAGUAUUUCUGAUAAAUUAUAUUUUUCAUAUGACAUGAUCCAGCAUUUUAGCAGAGUGGGAGAUUUGCGCGUCGGCAGAGCGAUUGUGUCAACUCAAUCAAGCAUGAAAUGUUGAGUUUUUGUGUCUUUUUAUUUUGCUACAGUGAUAAUUUUUACAAUGAUAAAGACAAUAAACCUUGGGAAGAACCUGCCUUGAAUGUUCAUGAAAGCUCCAAUGAGCUUUAUUUUAAAGACUUCAUCGAGUAGCUUAUUUUAAUGUAUACGCACGCUUGUUUUCAAAGUAAAGACACGGAAUUUCUAA